AUGGAGACGGGACUGUUGUUCUUCGCCUUCCAAGAGGGUCCAGAGCCGCAACGACAGUGUCGAGUUGCGCGGAGCAACACACUUCGCGAUGAUGCCUGUGCUCCUUCUCCGCCCGUAGCCGUCUCUCGCGUGACCGACCCAGACCACGCCGCGGGACGUGCAUCAUGGCGAAAUUAUCAGAAACCCACCUCAGCCGCCAGAUCCGAAGAUGCAAAAGUGGUGCAGCUGGGUGUGAUGUGCUGUGCUCAGGACAGGAACGCGGCGCGCCACCGUGUGGGGGGGAGGUGCACCGUGCAGCAUCUCAUAAAGAUAGAACCACACAGUGUGCGGCUCCAUCCUCCCAGCCUCGCUGGGAGAGAGCUUGUUGGGAACUUUAUGAGUGAGUGGUGUGUGCCUGGCUGGGAUGGGCCCAUGGCCACGGCGUCGGGAGUGAUCAGUGCCACGCGCCACCGUCAAACGCCUCGAGCUGAUGCUGGUCUGUGCCAUCCCCCACAUGUAUUCCGCGUGGAUAGUAGUAGACCUCGCAGCCCGUGA